UCUUCUGGAGGAAGUUGACGUUGCCGUCUACACACCGUGGGGCGAUGUCAACCUCCCUCUCGCAGAACGAGCUGGAGCCUUUAAGGCCAAGCAAGAUCAGCACGUAGCGGCAAGACGAGAGUACGAAGCUCUUGGAGAUGCCCGUGUAGUCUGCACUACAUGCAGCCAUCUUCACGUUGCGCCUUAGAUCAACCGUGAGGCCCUUGCCAGGGCGUACGUGUCCGGUAAGGAAAUGUUGAACCUGUAUCAGCAGCACAAUGCGGCCGUUACCCCUACUUCUGUCCCUGCUUCCCAGCCUAGAAUGGCAAGGGCUGAACAGCAGGUCGUUCGUGCGAGUGGCACCACUCACGACGAGCGACAGCGUAGAGCAGUCAACAGCAUGGCUGAUAUCCUUAUCAAUCCUGCUCGGAUCAGCUUACCUGCAGAUAUGCAGAGUGCCGUGUUCUCGGAGCUGAUCUGCAGAGCCUUGAAUCCAACCGCAACUCCCCCGAAUGCCCACAUUCAAGAACUUGCUCAAAAGUACAUCCAAGCCGUACAGAGCAACGACUUUCGUGCACUCCCGCAAGAGAAUCAAGUUCAUGUACAAGACGAGCAGAUGGCUUGGUUGAACGAGAGUUUGGUGGCAUCAGCUGGCACUGCUCCUGCUCAGCCUGCGGUGAGACGCAAGGCUGAUGAGGACGAUGACCCCCAGAAAGAGGUCAAGGUAAAGGUCCAAGAACAGAGGGAGGGCAGAUAGACGCGUUUCGGAGGUGACAACCUCCACAAAAACAAGCCCUGAAAUGCUCGUCCUCCACAUGGUCAGGGUAGGACCUUCAUGCUUGUCGAGCGAGCAUG